AUGAUUUUGGGAAUGGUUGGUCAAGAUUUGUUCAAUUUUGAUAAUAACACAAUCGGGAGACUAAAUCCGGAUGAUAUGUAUAAAACAAUUGAACACGUGAUCGGCAAUUGUUUGAAGGGUACGGCCAAUGAGAGACCCACUUGUGAACAGAUACUGGCGAUUAGCGAUCAAUGGGCCACCAGUAUUACCGAUGUGAAACAUUUAAUCACUAAGGCCUUCCAACUGGCGUUCCAAUAA